AUGUCCGUGGACGCUGCCAAGGAGGUGUUCUUCAAGUCCGACCACUUCGCCAUCGUAGGCGCCUCCAAGGACCACGACAAGAUCGGCAACAAGGUGAGCGUGUCGCAAGGAGGCGGCUUCACCUUCUACGAAUGGCCACGCGAAGCCUACCAUGCGUGUCCUGUCCCCGUGACGUGCUGGUACAAGGAGCACGGCUUUGAUGCGAUCCCAAUCCACCCUCGGGAGUCGUCAGUCGAGGAGCUGCAGACGGUGGCGAGCGUAUAUGACAUUCCCGAUCCAACGUCGACGAGCAUGAGCAUCAUCACGCCGCCCCGCGUCACCCUGCAAAUCGUCAAGGCGGCCAUCCUCGAAUUGGGCAUUGCGGCCGUCUGGCUGCAACCGGGCGCCGAGGACGACGAAGUCAAGGCGUGGGUCGACGAGCUCGACGACUGCUACAAGAAUCGGAUCAUUCUCGGUGGGCCUUGCAUCCUCGUCGAUGGUGAACAGCUGUUAAAGGACGUGGGAAAGAUUUAG